AGAGAAGCCAGACAAUAAUAUGUGCAUUUCUACCUAGAUAUAUCUUAUUUUCCCUGAGAAAGAUGGAUAAAGAACAUGGCUGUGAUAUUUCUCCUUCAUGGGAUAGUGCAGAAAAUGGCCAUUCUUCUGUGGAGAAGAGGCUAAGGUUAUUUGGGUUUGAGCUGAACCCAUCUAAGAUCAACGAUGGCUGUGUCAAAGACCCUGUGGAAGGAGAUGAAAGUGUGAACUCUUCAAACUCGGUUUCAUCAGGAGGAGAGAAAACUGAACAGCAGGACAAGAGUUCACCUGCGACAAGAGACACCUCAGAUCAUGAGAGGAAGUUCGAGUGCCAAUAUUGUUGCAAGGAAUUUGCAAACUCACAAGCAUUAGGAGGCCAUCAAAAUGCUCACAAGAAAGAGAGAAUGAAGAAGAAGAGGAUGCAGCUUCAAGCCAGGAGGGCUAGCUUAAGCUACUACCUUCAGCCUUUUCAAAACAACCCUGGUUUUUCCUUCGAUGGCUCUAAUUCUCCUUGGUUCUAUGACCCCUCUUCUUAUAACUCUGGGUUUUCUUCAUAUGAAGAACCUCAGAUUAGCUUCAAAGCCAAUGAUCAAGACGCCAUCAAUAUUCUUAAUGGUUUUGAUCAGAAAUCAAAAUGGAAUUCUCAUCCACCCCCUUCCCUUCCUUCUCAACAAGAUACUUGUAUGUUCACUUUAUCACACACAGAUAAUAGGCCUCUCAUCUUCCCUGCAGCUUCAAACCAGAGCCACAGUAACAAGGCUCUGGAUCUUCAACUAGGCCUCACCUUGCAGUCAGAUACAAUAGAGUCCCUAAGAAGGAUGUAAUUUAGUUUAGAACACAUAGGAAACGAAGAAAAAAACAACAUAGAGAAAAUCACAAUUCAUUAUAGCUGGCCGGCCCUCACAGAGGCAAUUCAUCAGUCACCUAGCGUACAAUUCAUAUAUGUUGUUAUUAAUAGCCUAAUGCCAAAACUGGGUUACUUUUGCAUCA